UGAUGUUUCAAUACUUAAAAAUUAAUGGGACAGCAUUGACUUAGUGUUAUGACCUGCAGCUUUCUCUUAAAUGUCACAUGGAGAAUCAAACGACAGUGUCUUACUUUCUGCUCCUGGAAUUCUCACAAAAUCGGCAACUGCAGCUUUUGCAUUUCUUCUUUCUCUUUGUGUUAUAUUUGGCAACUGUAACAACAAAUCUUCUCAUCAUCACUGCAAUAGCUUUUGACCAUCGCCUGCACAGCCCCAUGUAUUUCUUUCUUAUGAAUUUAGCUGUACAGGACCUGGGCAUUGUUUCAGUCAUUGUUCCCAAAUCCAUGAUCAAUUCUCUCAUGGAUACCAGACACAUCACUUAUUUUGGUUGUGUUAUUCAAAACUUUCUCUUUUUCUCCUUUGCAGUUUCUGAUUUCUCCCUCCUGACAGUUAUGGCAUAUGAUCGGUAUGUUGCCAUUUGCAAUCCACUGCACUACGAGAUGGUGAUGAAUUGGAAAGCCUGCACUGAAAUAGUAAUAGUAGUGUGGUUUUCAGGUAUUCUAUGUGGCACAUUGCAUACCAUUGGCACUUUUUCCAUCCUUUUUUGUGCUAAUGUUGUCAACCAAUUCUUUUGUGAAAGUCCACAAUUGCUAAAACUAUCCUGCUCUGGGUUAAAUCGACUUGAGGCUGGAAUUGUUGUAGCCAAUAUUAUUACUUCACUAGGUUGUUUUUCUUUUAUUAUUGUAUCUUAUGCAGUGAUCUUCAAGGCAGUAUUAAGAAUUCCUUCUGAUCAAGGCAGGCAGAAAGCCUUAUCCACCUGUAUUCCCCACCUUACAGUAGUGUCUCUGUUAGUAUUAAGUGGAUGUUUUGCCUAUGGGAGACCUCCAUCUAACACACCAUCUUACUUAGAUAUUGGGUUGACUGCGCUAUAUUCCCUCCUUCCACCCCUGUUCAAUCCAAUUAUAUAUAGCAUGAGAAAUAAGAAUAUCAAAUUUGUCCUUUCGCAAUUGUGGAGUGUCUGACAAACUCUUUUAAUGUUAUUUAUAGUCUGUUCACCACAGUUUUGCAUUUUUUCUGGCUUUUCUUUUACUUCUAUGAAUAGAGGAUUAAGGUAAAAAGGGAUAGUUGGGAUGGAGGCAAAUCUGAAAUAUCAAACCAGGAAAACCUAGCACUCUAGAUUUUGCUUAAUAUAGGUCCUGCAUCCUAAAUUACUGUCAAUUCACUCUACUGAUGCUAAAUAUGGAUUGUUUGACAGUUCUGGCAUUCCACAUGCUGAUAAUUCCUUAUAUUUAAUGAAGUGAGGAUCAGGGUAUAAUGUAAAUGGGAGAAAUACUUUCAAUCCAGAGGAGUUUUAAAUGCUGUAGCCUAUUUUCCCCUUUGCUUUCCCAUACAAAAUAGAUUCCCUCUAAAGCUGGCAGAUAAUAUAACUAGUUAAAGUUUCAGCUUUUCCAAAAGUACAUGGGCCUUGAUAACAUUUCCCUCCUUAAUUGAUCAUUUAUUCCUAAAGUUUGAUAUUUUGCCUCUUUCAGUCAGUCUGCCCAGACAAUUCUCUAUAGUUUUCUGGGCAAUCUUUUUCAGAAGGGGUUUGCUACUGCUUCCUUAAGGGCUGAGGUGGGGUGGUAGCCCAAAGUCAUCCAGCUGGCUACAUUCCAAAGGUGGAAUAGAAGUCUAAACUCCUGAUUUCUAACCCAAUGCCUUAACUUCUCUGUCAAACAGAUUUUCGAGUCUUUAGCUCAGACUAUUAUUUGUUUCUUUUAAAAAUGUUUAGGCAAAACCAGACACCUGGCAGGAUGAGAAAGAUUUGUGAGCUUUUACUGUAUCACAUAAGCUUUUGAUAAUCAAGUAAAACAAAAAAUGGAAGAAAUUAAAUUAGUAUGAUACAUGCUUCUAACGAACAAAAUAAUAAUGAUGAAAAAAAAUUUCAGAAAUCUUACAUCUUGGUACAAAGUGGAAGAGAUAAGACAUGUUUUCUGGUCCAAUGCAUGGACAAGGAAGAUAGAUAGAUCUACAUCAAGGAUGAUACCUUACUGAAAUGUCCUUGAGAAAUAAUGAAUUCUAUCCAAGCUAUUGAUAAUGCAUACCAAAUGCCAUAUCACUAUUUUUGUGAUAUAUCUGCCAUGAUCCUCAAGUGUAUGCAAUAUGGAAGAUUCAUCAAGUACUUUGGGGCUUGGUAUAAACAUACUUUUGAAAGGUACUACAUUUAAUCAACGUGACAUCAGUAACAUCCCUUGAUGAAAGUGAGGGGCUUUCAGCUAGAGGUAUAUGAAAUUUUCUCUUACAUUUUAAAUCCUCUUUUGAAUUUUACUGUCUUAUUUUCUUGAUUUCUCUGUGGAUAUUUCCUGUUUACAUUACACUUUGCUGUUAAAGGGAUUGUUUUGCUCUACUUUAAACUACGAUUGAUUCUUUCUUUGUUUGUUUGUUUCUAAUUCAUGAACCUAUUAUUCCUAUUUUAUCUGAGAAAAAGGAAU